AUGCUCCUUACCCUGCAACAAUGCGAAACAUGUCCGUAUUGGACAGAACAACAUGAGGAGUCGUGCUACUAUUUCAGUACCUCUUUGGCGACACGCUCUCAAGCCUUUUCCAACUGUUCCAAGUACGAGCUCCAUCUGGUUUACAUCGAGACUGCAGAGGAACAGGACUUCAUCGAAGGUCGCAUGGAGGAGAACAACGUUGGGGAUUACUGGAUCGGACUAACGGUGGACUCUGAUGGCCAGGGAGUGUGUUACAACACCUACACAACCAACCACUACCAAACCUACUACAAUAACGGAACCAUCCACUACAACAGCUACAUCAACUACACAAUCAACCACUACUAA